ACUUCUAUGUAGAACCACUGGCCAAGGAAUUUGAAACACAUCGGCGAGCUGCACGCGGUGCGCUCCGAUUGGCCGCGACAUCGCGGAAGGCACGUUUUGUCGUCUGGUCCGCCUAACCUUGAAGGCCAAUCUGUCGGAUGUUUCGAAUGAAACUACUUGGAGCAAUUAUGAUCUAGUCAAGAGGCAGAACGAACGGGAUUCAGGAGACGUUCGCCUCUCACCCUCCGCGAAUAAAACGGACGCUUCUCUCAAGUGCUUCCUCUCUGUAAUAUUUUUUUUUCCUUUUGUAAAUACAUUCCGUUCGCGUCGACAGCCGGUGCGGUAUAAUGCGAGUGCCGACCAGCGUUGCUUUCCUCAGCAUUUUCGUGAUCGCAUCCACUCGCAUGAGCGACGUCCAAUGCGAGAAAGGACAGCCGGGCGAGGAGGAACUCAAGUCCCAGAACUUUCCUCCCUGCGCAGCGUGCAAGAUACUUGCCAACAGUUUCAAAAAGGGACUAAAGAAGACGAGACGCGGGAACUUCGAGGGCGGGGACAGCGCCUGGGAGGAGGACAAGCUGGGCUCGUACUCAAGAAGCGAGGUCCGACUGAUUGAGAUACAAGAGAACCUGUGCAGGGAUGUCGAGCGCGGCGAGGCGCAGUGCCAGUCCCUGGCCGAGGAGCUGGAGAGCCAGAUAGAGGAGUGGUGGUUCAAGCAUCAGGACAAUCAUCCGGAUAUCUACGAUUACAUCUGCAUUGUUAAGACAGAGCGUUGCUGCCCGAAGGAUCACUACGGCCCGAACUGUACGCAGUGUCCGGGAUACCCGGACCGGGUCUGCAGCAACAACGGCAAGUGUAAAGGCGCCGGCACGAGGAAGGGAAACGGCGGCUGCUUCUGCGACAGGGGAUACGUCGGGGAUAUUUGCUCGGAGUGCGCUCCGGGAUAUUACGAGUCUUACAAGGAUGAGAAGACCCUGCUGUGUUCUAUAUGCCAUGCGGCGUGCGAGGGACCUUGCAGAGGCGCCGGGCCCAAGGAUUGCGAGAAAUGUGCCGCUGGAUGGUACAUGAUCGAGGACAAGGGCUGCUUUGAUAUUGACGAAUGUUUGAGGAACGAAGACAUCUGUCUUGGCAAUCAAUUCUGUGUUAAUAAAGAAGGAAGCUAUGCUUGCUUAGCUUGCGACAAAGCUUGCAACGGUUGCACCGGCGAUGGGCCAGAUAUGUGUGUUAAAUGUGCCGAUGAUUACCAUAAAAAGGACAAUAUGUGCAUAAACUCGGAUCUUCUUGGCCGUAAGAAACAAGAAAAUCUCGCGAGAUAUUUGACGUAUGUCGGACUCUGUGUGGCGACGUGCAUCAUUUUGCAACGUAACGUUUAUGUAGCGAGCAUUAUCGGUUUGUUGGUCGCAAUAUAUAUAUCUGUGUCCGAGUACAUGAUCGCGCAUAGUAAUGUCCAGGAUACAACGGCAAAUAUGGAUAUUCUAGGACCAGCUUAAAUAGAAACGCAAUUUAAAGAAUGUAUAAAAUUAUUUCAGUGUGUUGUAUCAGGAUACAGAGUCAUUAUUCAUAUGUAAAAUAUAUCGUAUUAGAAUUAAUAUGUAAUUAAUAUCGUUGUACAAGUUGGAAAGAUACCAGAACUUUAUUAGUAAUAUCUUUUCUUGCUAUAUUUUUGAGAAACUUUGAUGUGUUCCUGAUCUUACGUGUAUACUAUCUACGUAUGUUUACAUAAUUAUACGAUUUUUAUUUAGAUAUCAGUGUUUAAAAGGAAAUAUGGCCAGUUUAUUUUUAAUAUACCAUUUUUUAUCUACCAAAAUUAUUAAUGCUGACUUUUUGUCCAAUGUGUGUUUAUUAUUACUUAUAUAGUUAUUGUAAAUAUUAUAUUUUAAUGUAGAAAAAAAUGAUAACAAAAGCUAUUACAGUUUUAAAAUAAGCAUCUACAUUAAGCAUAAAUUUACAAAAUAUAUAACAUAUUACUUAGGCAUUUUUAUACUCGUAAAAAAUUUAAGUGAUUUCUGACAUAAUCUACAUACAGUUUCUAUAUUAAUGUCGACUUCAACGAAGAAACAUAACAAUGCCAAUAAUUAAUAUUACAUGCAAGUUUUCAUAUAUUUUAUUCAGUUAUAUAGAAUUUAUUUACUGCAUACGAACAUGAGGGAGUACCAUGUACCUUUAUAGAAAUUUAUGUUAAUGUUCAUUAAAAAACUGAGACUAUAUAUUGUGCAUUUAGUAUCCAAUAUAUUUGAUUAACUCAUGUCAAUACAUUAUACAUACAUAUAUUAUAUCAUAUUGACAGAUAACUAAUAUUCAACACUACAAAUAUACUGCUUAAGUAAAA